CUUUCUUAACAAGCUGCUGCUUUGAGUUAUGUUGUGCUCCUUAAGAAACUUGUCUCGACUUGUAAAAAACGUAAUGUUUAACAAUUCACUCAAUAUGAUUUGGUUUCAUUUAGCAUCUCAUCUGAUAAUAAAAGAAGCUUACAGAAAAGAAAUUGAUGGUAAGCCUUACGGAAACCCAAACACAAUAUCUUAUUGAAUGUUCGGUGUAGUAUUGGAUUUUGGUUGCUUAGGUCGGAUUUCAUAUACAGCCUGAUGCUAGAUUCUUUUAGCAUCGAGUUGGUGUAAGAGCUGUUCGUUUGGUCGACGCAGCCACCUGCGUCUGCGUCUGCGUCAAUGUUUUCCGUUCCGGCUUGUUCGUUUAAUUGACGCGGGUACCUGCGUCUGCGUCUGCGGCCGAACGCUGCGUCAUGUUUCUAACGCCGUAAAAUCCUGCGUCUGCGUCUGUUUUUUGCGUCAACUUAAGCUAAUUACAGUUUUACCCCUAACCUAAUUUAUUAUUUACAAAUAUACCUAAAGUCUAAUAGCCGCAGACGCAGCCUUUCUCCCCAUCGACGCAGCCCUCUUCUCUCGAUCUCAGACGCCUCUCAAGCUCUCUGUCUCGAUCCCGACAUCUCAAGCUCUCUCUCUCGAAGCUCUCUCUUCUCCAUAUAUCUCGAUCUCAAACCCAGCUCUCUCUCUCUCGAUCUCUCGAUCUCGAACCCAGCUCUCUCUCUCUCGGUCCAUCUCGAUCUCGAAGCUCUCUUCUCCAUGGCAUCUCAUCUCGAAGCUCUCUCUUCUCCAUAGCAUCUCGAAGCUCUCUUCUCCAUAGCAUCUCGAGCUCGGCCAAACCCAUCUCUUCCUUUUCUCCAUGAGGUAAUUGUCUCUGUUCUAAAGCACUUAAGUGUGGUCCGUGUUCAGCCUUGUCUCAAGUUCUCCGAAGCUUCUUCAUCUCUCACUCUAUCGUAAGGUCUCAGACUCGCAAGCUGCUCAAACCCUCUCUCAGGCUCACUCUCUCGAUGGCAAAAGAUAUGCUUGAAAGAUGGAUAUUGCAAGAUGAAGAUGGAGAUUAUGAUGAUGAACUUGGUUUGUUUGAUGCGCCUAUUACUGAGAGAUUGAGUCAUAGAACAGAUAGAGGAGCAGGAUGGCGACAUGUUCAACAACUUAUGUAUGAAUCUGAUCAGCAGUGUUAUGACAUUCUUCGCAUGAAUCAAAGGACGUUUGAAGCUUUGUGCAAGAUGCUAGGUGAGCGAUAUGGAUUGAAAGAGACUCACCAUGUCUACCUUGAGGAAUCUGUUGCGAUGUUUCUCGAGACUGUUGGUCAAGAUAAGACGAAGCGGGAUAUUGCUGCAAGGUAUCAAAGAUCAGUGGAUACGGUCCAAAGGAAGCUUGAUGAAGUUUUGAGUGCUCUUCUCAAGUUUGCGGAGGAUACACUAAGACCACAGGAAGGCGAGUUUGGAAGAGUAAGUCCUGUUUUGAGAAAUGAUGAUCGGUAUUGGCCUCAUUUCAGAGAUUGUAUCGGAGCACUUGACGGAACGCAUGUCCCAGUUCGCCCUCCAAGUCAAAAUGCAGAAGCAUACAGAGGCAGGAAGCAAGAUCCUACAAUGAAUGUUCUUGCUAUAUGUAACUUCGAUAUGAAGUUCAUAUAUGCAUAUGUCGGUGUACCUGGUAGAGCACAUGAUACAAAGGUCUUGACUCAUUGUGCGAGGAAUGAGGCUUCUUUCCCACAUCCUCCUCCUGGAAAGUAUUAUCUAGUUGACUCCGGAUAUCCGACGAGGACAGGUUAUCUUGGUCCGCAUCGUAAUAUGCGAUAUCAUCUUGGUCAAUUUGCUACAGGAGGACCACCAGUUAGUGCACGAGAGUUGUUUAACCGAAAGCAUUCAGGUCUUCGAUCAGUGAUUGAGAGGACAUUUGGAGUAUGGAAAGCAAAAUGGAGGAUUUUGGAUCGUAAGCAUCCAAAGUAUGGUCUGGUCAAGUGGAUUAAGCUGGUGACAGCGACAAUGGCGCUACACAACUUCAUACGUGAUUCACAUCGGGAAGAUCAUGAUUUUGUACAGUGGCAAAGUGGCGAUGGUGGAGAAGGAGAAGAAGCUGAUAGUGACGGUGAUGAAGAAGAAGAAGAAGAAGAAGAAGAAGAAGAUGAUGAUGAUGAUGGUGGUGGUGGUGGACAUAUUGUAUAUGAGCCAACCGGUGAUAAAGCGAUGGAAGCUUUGCGUGAUAACAUCACAAAUGAAUAUGGUAGAGGUCGUUUACCGUUUUAAAUGUUUUUUUUUUGCUUAUAACUUUGAUGAUCAUUUAUAUGUGAUAUUUAUUUAAGACUUAAUGUUUUUUCUUUUAUAAUCAACUUAAUGUAUUAUUUAGCUUUUGUUUAGUGAUAAAUAUUUUGAAGUAUUA